AUGUUGUUGACAAAUCUACGAUACAAAUUAAUCACACAAUUGCAUUUGCUACCACCACCAGAAAUACCUGUACUCGCAUUGAAUGCGGUGAAAGUACACCAAGUGCCAAAUGUAACAGCAAAUCCAAUACCAAUUCUUCCACCAGAAGUCGUAGUUGCAAGUACACCACCACAAUAUUCUUGUCUUUCAUCCGAUGCCGAUGAUACCGAUGUCAAAUGGUUUUCUCACCCAGGCACUUUUUGGUGUCCAUGGAAUAGUAAAAGUUGUACAAAUGCUCUUAAUAUUCGAGGUGAAGGUGUUGUCGAAAUUAUGCAACAGACAUCGAUACCUUUCGAAAUACACUUAUCCAAUAAAAAAGAUGCAAACGAUCCUACUGCCUACUCAAUAAUACUUUCGAUCGAUGAAAAAGAAGUUAUAUUACGCACAAGUUUUGGAACAUCAGAUUCAUCAACCGAAUUGCAUCAUACACUUCAACCGGAUGAUGGGUCUUGGCAUAGAUAUUGGAUUAGUUUUUCUAAAAUUACACUGCAAGCUUUAUAUGGUAUCGGUGAAAUUCGUCCAUUCUUUACUAUUUUAAAUAGUAGUCUUAAGGAAAGUGAUUUACAACAAAUCAAAGAAAUUCAGUAUUUACAUAUUAAAUUGAAUAAGAACGAUCGAAUGCUAACGGACCUAGGUCAUAUACAAGAUAAAGUUCGUUUUUAUAUAGGAAACGAUCCUGUUAUACAUGAACUACCAUUAAUUAUUAUACCAAAAGAACAAUAUACACUUGAGCAUGAAGUCAAUCAUUCGGCCAUGCUAGUAGAAAAUUUACAAAGACCAUGCCGUGAACUAUAUCAUAGUGUUUAUAAUUUCAAAUUAAAUACGGAUGAUUUUCCAGAUUUUGUUGAUGUCAUUGAGAAAAGUAUUAGAAAUCCAGCAGGAUGGUGUCAUAGAAAACUAGUCGAAAAAGCAAAUCGUUUUGGUAAACCAAAUUUGAUGGUAACUUAUUUACGUAUUACAGCAGGAAAAAGAGAAGGACGUGCACCCGGUCAUUCUUAUGUCACCGAAAUUUGGCCACCUGGCCAUGGUAGUCCUAUACAUAAUCAUGGAAAUGUAUAUUCUAUUGUUCGAGUACUUCAUGGUCGAAUAUUUGUCAAACUCUAUCCACAAUUAACACUAAAUACCAAUCUUUAUAAACCGAUUGAAACAAUGUUCGAAGAAGGUCAAGUAACAUGGAUGUUACCAAAAUUAAAUCAAACACAUCAACUUCAAAAUAUUGAUGUACAUGAUAAAAGUGCUAUUACUAUUCAAUGUUAUAAAUAUGGACGAGAAGAUCGAGAACAUUAUGAAUACUUUGAUUAUAUAGCAAAUGAUGGAAAAAGCAUCGGUCAUUUUGAUCCAAAAUCUGAUAUGGACUAUGAUGAAUUCAAAGCAUUAAUGCGACAAGAACGACAAAAUCUAUACUAG